AAGUGUACCUAUUUUGAGCAUGCGUGUUGAUGAGAAGUAAGCAACAUGGCCGCCCGACUGUUCCGAAUUGCCAAUCCGGCAUCGAAAGUCCUCGCCGUCUCGAAACAGAAUCCUGUGAAGUGGCAAGUGGCGAGAGCUAGCUUCACUCCUUACCAGCAAGCUAUAUUGAACCUACCUGAAACAAAAGUUACAACACUUGAUAAUGGAUUCAGAGUAGCCACAGAAGAUUCUGGGGAUCCUACCUGUACUGUUGGUGUCUGGGUUGACGCUGGAAGCCGAUUUGAAAAUGCGAAGAAUAAUGGAGUGGCUCAUUUCCUUGAACAUAUGACAUUUAAGGGAACAAAGAAAAGGUCCCGCCAUGAUCUGGAACUUGAGAUAGAAAACAUGGGAGCCCACCUCAACGCCUACACGUCCAGAGAGCAGACUGUCUACUAUGCUAAAUCCUUCUCCAAAGACCUCGGCAAAACUGUGGAGAUCCUUUCGGACAUCAUGCAGAACAGCAGACUAGCCGAAUCUGACGUAGAAAAUGAGAGACCCACUAUCCUCAGAGAAAUGCAGGAGGUAGAAACCAACCUCCAGGAGGUUGUCUUUGACCACCUUCAUGCUGUUGCCUACCAAGACACACCUCUAGGACGCACUAUCCUUGGACCCACAGAAAAUAUAUUGUCAAUUAACAGGGAUGACAUUACAGAGUUUGUAAAGGACCACUACUCACCUGACCGUAUGGUACUGGCCGGGGCUGGAGGAGUGAAUCAUGACGAAUUAGUCAAGUAUGCCAACCAACACUUCGGCAGUUUAAAAAUGCUCCCUGAACCCAGUGGUGCUUAUCCUAAAAAUCCAUGUAGAUUUUCUGGAAGUGAGGUGCGAGUUAGGAAUGACAACAUGCCACUGCUUCACUUCGCCAUUGCUGUGGAAGGCUGUGGCUGGGACAACCCCGACAACAUCCCCCUCCAAGUGGCUAACACUCUCAUCGGACAUUACGACCGCGCUAUGAUCGGAGGUGCCAACCUGUCCAAUCCUUUUGUAGCAAACUGUGCUGGUUACAACCUGUGUCACAGCUUCCAGUCCUUCAACACUUGUUACACAGACACUGGUCUAUGGGGCUGCUAUGUUGUGUGCGAGGGACCUAAGGGUGACGUGAUGAUGAAAGAGCUUCAAAACGAAUGGGUUAGAAUCUGUAACAGUGUGACAGACUUUGAGGUGGACAGAGCCAAGAAUCUUCUGAGGAUCAGCAUGCUGCUUCAUCUUGAUGGCUCACAUCCUAUUUGUGAAGACAUUGGAAGACAAAUGCUGUGUUAUGGCCGCAGAUUGGACCUGGCCGAGUUGGAAGCCAGGAUAAUGGGUGUAACUGCGGAGGAUGUCAAGAGGGUGUGUACAGAAUACAUCUACAACAUGUGUCCUGCUGUUGCAGCAGUAGGUCCAGUGGAAGGGUUACCCGACUACGACAGAAUUCGCUCCCAGAUGUACAAGUUGAGGAUGUAAGGGCGUUAAGACAAUAGUGUUGAACAGACAAUGACAUCAAACUGAUCCAUAAAUGAUCAAAGGAAGUGUGGACUUGACCACAGAGAACUGAAGAUGGCCGCCUUCUCCUCAGUCAUCUGUGGUAGAUUAUUAAGAUCUUGCGUGUGAUAGUUGUUAUGGUGAUUAAAUGUAUUUAAAACUUUUA